AUGAAUAAGGAGGAUCGAAUCGACUAUUAUCGUUCGCUUACUAAAUAUUCAAAUCAUGAAGAGGCUUUACAAUUAUUGAAAAAGCUCGCCACUCAUGUGAGACCUAUAAUGAAAAAACGUAAUUGGCGUGUAGGUACCUUGGAAGAAAUUUGGCCCGCUGAGGGAGGUCUGCUUGGAAUUAAUAAAGAUCGUGGCAAGACAAUAUGUAUUAGAUUACGCCCACAUUAUGAUGAAAGACGAUUUUAUGAUUUCGAUGAUUUAAUUGGAACAAUGUUGCAUGA